AUGGGAACUCUUUCCAAACUCACUUAUCUUGAUUUGUUCGACAAUUCUAUUCAAGGUGAAACACCUCUUACAGUUGGAAAUAUUUCCAAACUCACUUAUCUUGAUUUGUCAUACAAUUUUCUUCAAGGUGAAACACCUCUCACGGUAGGAAAUCUUUCUGAACUCGCUUACCUUGAUUUAUCCUACAAUUCUCUUCAAGGUGAAAUACCUUCAACUGUAGGAAAUCUUUCCACACUCACUUAUCUUGAUUUGUCCCACAAUUCUCUUAAUGGGAAGAUGCCUCCUACCAUAGGAAAUCUUGUAGGACUUACUUUUAUUUAUUUAUCCCAUAAUUCUAUUCAUGGGGAAAUACCUCCUACAAUAGGAAAUCUAACCCAAUUAAGUAGCCUAAUCAUCUCUAACAACUAUAUUCAGGGCCCUAUACCUUUUGAAUUGUCAUUCCUGGUAAAUCUCAAUGUUUUAGAUGUAUCUUACAACAAAAUCAAUGGAACCUUCCCCAUUUCCCUUUCAAACCUUAGGAACCUUCAACAUCUUGACAUUUCACACAAUCGACUUACCGGUUCUCUAAAACCCUUCACAGUUCAAUAUUUGUCACUCUUAGAAAGUUUGGAUCUAGGCUUCAAUAAUUUUCAGGGUCCUAUUCCAGAUGGUUUACAUCCAUCUGUGUUAGUGGGGAACGAGGGUGUAUGCAGCAACAUUUCGGAUAUCCAAACCAUUUACAAAUUCAAGCCUUGUUCAAUCCAAGGCAAGAAACUAAGGCAUAAUCAGUUGGUCAUAACAAUUUUUAUCACCAUUUUUCUGAUAAUGACCUUCUUUCUGCUUCUACAUUUGAGGAAAAAUCAAAUGGAAAUCAAGAACAAACAUGCAAGAAUAAGUAAAACAUCUAAGAAUGGAGACUAUUUUUGCAUAUGGAACUAUGACGAAAGCAUAGCCUAUGAAGACAUCAUUGCAGUAACUGAAGACUUUGACCUCAAAUAUUGUAUUGGAACAGGUGCCUACGGGAGUGUUUAUAGGGCUCAACUUCCAAGUGGCAAGAUUGUUGCGGUGAAAAAACUUCAUGGCUUUGAAGCAAAGGUCCCCANGUUUGAUGAGAGUUUCAGAAACGAAGCCAAAUUAAGUGACCCCUAUGUUUGUGGGGAAGACGAAGUAGAGGUUUGUGUGGGUUGGAAUGUAAGUUUCUACAGCAAUGGCACUGGCCUGGUGCUAUUGUAA